AUGGCUGAACCUGCUGUGUCUGUGGCGGAUAUGAACCCAGCCCGCCUGGGACUGUCAGGGUUACAGCUGGAAUACAAUCACUGCGUUUUCUCGUUGCUGAUUGUUGGAAUCGGGGUUUAUGCCAAAGUCCAGAAAGCUACAGACACGGUGCGGGACACGUUCCUCAUCGACCCAGCUGUCAUCCUAAUUGUGGUGGGGGUGGUGAUGUUCUUCAUCACUUUCUGCGGCUGCAUCGGCGCCCUCAGAGAGAACAUUCGCCUCCUCAAGACGUUUUCCUUCACGCUGACGCUGGUCUUCCUCAUCCAGCUGGUUAUAGCAGUUCUGGGCUUUUUCCACUCUGAUCAGACCCGAGAUGCUCUGGGGAAGUUUGUGAAGAAAGCGAUCGUUCACUACAGGGAUGACCUGGAUCUGCAGAAUCUGAUGGAUUACAUCCAGAAAGAGUUUAAGUGCUGUGGGUGGAACAACUACACCGACUGGUCCUGGAACCUCUACUUCAACUGCUCCCAGGAAAACCCCAGCUCGGAGCGCUGCGCCGUGCCGUUCUCCUGCUGCACUCCGGUUCCUGGAGAGUCGGUGAUCAACACCAUGUGUGGCUUCGGCGUUCAGACGCAGCAGUCCCAGGAAGUAGACGGGUCCAUCUACUCUGUGGGCUGUGCAGACAGAGCGGUGUUGUGGAUGGAGUCUCACCUGCUGCUGGUGGGCGCGCUGACCCUGGGCCUGGCCUUACCUCAGAUUGCCGGCAUCGUGCUGUCCCAGAUCCUGAUCUCUCAGAUCCAAGAUGAGAUCGCUUCGCCGUUUUGAGGGCAGAAGGAAGAAGUUCUGGUCCAAUCAGAGUCAACACAUCUAGAUUACAUAUCCUUUGGCAAAACUGUUUUCAUGCACUUUACUGUGACACACAUGCAUAGUGCAAAGUGUUUAUUUAUUGGUUCUCAUUACUAAUAGAAAAGUGUAUUGAAAAAGUUAUACAUUUGAAAAUAAAUGUGAAUAUUACUUUGAA